AUGUCUAACACCAUCCAGGGCGAGGAGGUGCAGACGGUGACCGAGGGCCGCCGUGACACCAGCCUGAAGGCCAACUGGCGUGUGUUCGCCAUCACCCUGUACAUGGGCAUCGCCUUGUUCGAGUAUGGCUUCGACAAGGGCGCCAUUGCGGGCUUCCAAGCAAUGCCUGGGUUCUUGCAGGUGUUUGGAUAUCAGACUGAGUCUGGCGAGUGGGAUAUUCAUGCCGGUCCCCAACAAAUCAUCACCUCGUUCAUGAUUCUCGGCAGCGUCAUCGGCUCCCUCCUGACGGGUUUUGUCGGCGCUCGCAUUGGCCGUCGGUAUGGAUUGAUGCUGGGCUCACUGAUUGUGAUCAUCUGCGUCGUGAUCAUGUCAGAAACGACCGUUCUCGGAGCUCUCUACUUUUCCAGACUCUUAAUCGGGAUAGGAAACGGCCUUCUGCUGAACUUUACCGUGCUCUACCUGCAGGAGUGCACCCCUCCUCGCUUUCGGGGCCUUUGCCUGAGCAUGGUCACUUGCUGGAUCACCAUUGGGACGACGAUUGGGAUGGUGAUCAAUCACCAAACCAACGGCAUGAUGAGUCGAGAGGCAUACCGUAUCCCUCUUUACGUCUGCUAUCCUGCCCCUGCUAUCCUCAUCCUCACGCUGCCGCUCCUCCCCGAGUCUCCCCGCUGGCUCCUUCAGCACGGAAAGCCAGAGGCCGCGCUUCGUAGUCUUCAGUUUUUCCGACAAGGUGCCUACGACGAAGUUGCGGUGCAGCAGGAGUUCGAGGAGAUGAAGGCAGCAGCGGCACGCGAGAGAGACCAAGAGAUUCAUCAGAACAAAUGGCUUCUCUUCUUCGAAUUAUUCCGCGGUCAUAAUCUUCGCAGGACCAUCAUUGCAGUUGCGGUGGGCACAGCCAAUGCCGCUGUCGGUGCCAUGUUCAUCCUAUCGUAUGGGACAUACUUUUUCCAGGUGGUUCUCCAACAGGCAAAUGUCGGAGAUCCAUUCAAGUGGAUUAUCGUGACCAACUGCGUCGGUCUCGCGGGUCUGUUCACCACCUGGGCCAUCGUCACUCAUGUCGGACGCCGGCGAAUCAUCCUCGCAGGAUGCGUAAUAUGCACCCUCCCUAUGCUCGUCAUGGCAGCCGUCUACUCCGCGCCCAACGUUUCCGCAGACGGUGCAGGCAUUGCCCUAGUCGUGAUCGUCUCGAUCUACGUCUUCGGAUUUAAUUUCGGCCUCGAACCUUACGUCUACCUUGUUGCCGGCGAGAUGCCUUCCCAGAACCUUCGAGGCUACACAAUGGGCCUGUCGACCGCGGUCAGCUUUGUGUUUGCGUGGCUGAGCGCCUUUACAACCCCGUACUUCAUCAACCCGGGUGAGCUCAACUGGGGCCCCAAGUAUGGCUACAUCUGGUUUGGCAGCGGUAUCAUCACCACCGCGUUCCUGUGGUACUAUCUGCCGGAGGUAAGGGGCCGCACGCUGGAGGAGAUCGAUGAGAUGUUCCGGAACAAUGUGCCCACGCGAGCAUUCGCCAAGUAUGUGUGUGUGGAGAGAAUGGAGGCAAAUGCACGCGCGGUCUCCACUGUUAAGGGGGAGAGUAAGCCUAAUGCCACUCAUGUGGAGGUUGCUUGA